UACUGCAGACUGUUACAAGUGCAACUGACUGACCUAAGGUCGCCCGGUGCGCCUUUGAAUAACCGCACCCCGGAUGUGAGCAAGAUCGACGGCGAUUGGUGGAACGGGCGAGAUGUCAUCUUCUGCAGUUGGGCGAGAAGGCGGAGUCUCCCCACCUGAAUUAAUGCGACAGGUUGAUAGUCCCGCCUACAUUAACAUGCUGACAAUGGCGAUGGGCGUACCCAACAUCCAACAUUGCUAUCGUCUUCUAUGCGGUGAGAGUAUUUACUUAAGGCCCCCUACUGCAUCAGACAUUGCUGUACUGGACUAUCCUCGCGUUGAGGUUGCUUGGACCCAUCCUCUUCAAGUGUUUACAUCCAGGUGAGAGUGACCUUCGACCUCCGAUGACCAUGUUGACCCACAAGGGUUAUCCGGACUCUAGUUGUAGUAUGCAAUCGAUGACAGCAAUCAGUAAUAAUUACAGCAUGAACAGUGUUACGGCAAGCUCCAUGACGGCAUCCAUGAAUGUUAAUUACAACCCUCAGACUUUCGGGACUAACAUGAUGUCCACCCCGACUAUGACAGGUAUGGGUGCCGGUAGCAUGAGUAUGGGCAUGACUGGAAGUACGUGCAUGUCACCUGCCAUGGGUAACAUGACUCCUCUCGGAACUAUGAACUCUUUAAAUCAAAGUAUGAACGGAAUGACCUCGCCGGCAUGCAUGGGUUCUAUGUCCGGUCUGAACAGUGUCAACGGCAGCUUGGUCAGUAGAGAAUUCACCGGCCACCCCGGUCCCGUGCAGGCCGAGUCUCCCGCUAGCAACGCUGCAUCGGCCGCCCUGCAGCGUGCCAGGGCCGAUAAAACGUACAGGAGAAGUUACACUCAUGCCAAACCGCCGUAUUCCUACAUAUCUCUGAUUACUAUGGCCAUUCAGAACUGCCCAAGCAAAAUGCUAACACUGAGUGAGAUCUAUCAGUUUAUAAUGGACUUAUUCCCCUAUUACCGACAGAACCAGCAGAGAUGGCAGAAUUCCAUCCGGCACAGCCUCAGCUUCAACGACUGCUUCGUUAAAGUUCCCAGAACUCCCGACAAACCCGGUAAAGGUAGUUUCUGGACUUUACACCCCGAAUCAGGUAACAUGUUCGAGAACGGGUGUUACUUAAGGAGGCAAAAGCGGUUCAAAUGCGAAAAGAAAGAGGCUAUGCGGCAGCAACAGAAAAGCACCGGGCAACAGUCGGGAAGCACUUCGCCGGCCAGCACUAAAGGAGAGGUUCGCAUUUCACCGCAUCAGCAACAUUCUCAGAUUCAGCAUCACCAACCCACACAAGUGCAACAUAGAAGUACACCCAAUUCGCACCUGUCCAGCCCUAGCACCUACACUCAUCCUCACCUGAUGGACAAUCAGGUGUGUAAAGCGGAUACCGCAUGUUGUAGUCCACCCGUUAACGGUCUAACUCAUACAGGCUCGGCCGUAGAUGCUAUAGGGCUAGGAGGUGGUCACAUUCGGGGUUUGACCGACUCUUCGUUACACGCUAGCCUAUUAACUGCCGGACAACUGAAGACGGAUCCGCACUUUAACCCAUCGAAUCAUCCUUUUUCUAUAAGCAGCAUCAUUUCGACCGAAAAUAAAACGGAUAUGAAACUUUACGAGAUGUCACAGUACGGUUCUUAUGCCCCGUUGUCACCGAUGACCCCCGGGCAUACGUCCUUACCCAACGAUCCUGCAACUUACUAUCAUCCUUCACUUUACUCUGUUCAUUCGUCGGCCACUUCGACGAUUUAAUCUGCCUGUGUUCAGCCGUGUUCAAGGUGUGUGACAAAACCUCUUGUACAUAAUUAACGUAGGUCUAAUUUAAAGAGAACUACAUUCGUUUUCUGUCCGUGAAACAAAUUUGUAUAAAGGCGUGGUUUGUAUAUAAAAGGAAUAUCAACAAGUGCAAAGAAAACGAAUCUAUUACAGUCCUUUGCUCUCUCAUUUGUGUUUUUUGUUUUUCUGUUCAAUUUUGUUUGUUUUUUACUCGUUUCAUGUAAAGUGCACGAAUGUCAUUCAUGUUAAAGCAAAGUUGCAUUUUGAAUCAAUACAUUAUUGAAGGAAAUUUGUGUUUUGUGAAUUCUAUUCAUUACACCAUACAAAUAUAUAACUUAUAUAUAUCAUUUUUAUCGUUGGACUUCGAUAGAAGGCUCGUGCUUUAAUAAGGGUAUAUUCACAAACCGAUUCUUUUACUUAGGCCUACG